CAGUUUGCUUGCAAAUAAAUUAUAUGAUUUAAACAAUUAUUGAAAUGACAAACAACUUAUAUUUUCGGACGAUUUGAAAAACAUCUUAAAUUGAAUUUUCCAGAUAGAAACGUUUUUAUGUUCCCAUUAAACAUUGUUCGUAUAAAUCUCACGAAUCUUUGAAUAUUGCUAUCAAUCAAGUUUUCAUUUCAAGCUUUAACACCAAUGAAAGCUUUUUAUGUUAAGUCUUGACUCAUAAAUGUUUCUGAGCCUAUAUUACACAAGAUUCAACAGUCCUGACGAAUCUCUUUAGAGAUUCUCGGAAUCUUACGUUUACACAUAAAUAAUUUCAUUGUGAUAAAAUUUCUUUUUUAAUUAGAUUACGCUCUUAUACCGGAAACAGCUUCUAAUGUGUGAUUUAGCUUCGAAGACAUCACAUGAAAUACUAUCUUACUUAACUAAGCAACAAAGUUAUGUAAACAGUUCUAAAAAUGAAAACAAAUCAGAUAAUUCCGAAGAUAUCAAAGUAACUCAUACUAAUUCCGAUUGUAUGAAUGAUGUCCAAUAUUGUGAAAGCACAAAUUAUUCAGAAAUGCAUUAUAAAAAAAUUUCAUCACCAAAAAUUAUUUCAGAAGCCACAAACAUAAAUGCCUCUCAUGAAAAAAGCAAACAAGUUCAAAGAAAUCCUCAGGUAGAAACACAAUGUAAACAAAGUCCUUCAUCUAAUUUACGUUUAAGUUUACCGGGGAUGGAUAGUGAUUUUUCUAAUAAAAAUAAAGAAACAUAUAGAAGCUGUCAAACAAGUUACAAUUCCCAAAGUCAAUUCUUAUCAAGAAACCGGUUAGACUCAGAUGAUAACAGUAGUCAGUCAGAAAUUUGUCACUUUCCCAAAAUGAGUUAUUCAGUACAUUGCUCCUCUGAAAUGAAAAAUGUUGAAACAAACCGAACAAUACUUAAAGAUAGUAAUAGGAUGACAUUUUAUGACAGGAAUCAUAUAGAUUCCAUAUUCUAUUCCCCGGAUAAGGAUUUCGGUGAGUCAUGUGAAGAAGAUUCUAUUGCUGGAUUGAACAUCCCAUCAGUUACUCAUAAUUUAAGCUUGGAAAAUCGUGAUUUGAAGAGGAAGUUAGAUGAAGAAUUAUCUACUUACAAACAAAGAUUAUCUGCUUACCAGGAAGGCCAGCAACGUCAGACAAACCUUGUUCAGCGGCUCCAGUCUAAAGUUUUACAGUACAAGGAAAAAUGUAGAACACUUGAACUUAAACUACAGAUAGCCGAUACGGAGAAUCAAAACAGAAAAGCUGGAAUGGAUGAAAAUACAGCUGAAUAUGAGGCGACGCUUCUGAGACUUGAAGAAGAGCAGCAAAGGGCUUCAACGCUUGCUGGUGUAAAUAGCAUGCUUCGGGAGCAAUUAGAUCAAGCCACACAUGCCAACCAAACGCUUUCCUCCGAUUUACAGCGUAUUAAGGAGGAAGCAUCUCGUUUACGAGAUGUUCUUGAACGACGGGAAGCGGAAUGGAGAAACGAAGAAGCUGCUUUCAACGAUUAUUUUACAAUGGAACAUGGGAGACUCCUUGCCCUCUGGAGAGCAGUCGUAGCCUGCCGUCGUCAGUUUGUUGAAGUUAGGGGUCAGGUAGAACGAGAAAUCGGAUCUGCUCGGGUGGAACUAUCCAGAGUAUCGAGGAUAUGUCAAUCUGCUUGCGAAAAUUUUGCUUCUAACUUACGCACAAUGGAAGCUAGAAACAUGGUCACAUUGGAACAGGAGAAAAAUGAAAAGAAAAAAUUGGAACAUGAAUUAGAUGAAUUAACUAGAAAUUGUGAAAAUGUAAGACAGCAAACAAAUGGACAACUUGAACAAGCAAAUCAAAAAAUCACCAAUUUAAUUAAUCAAAUAGACGAAUUAAACAAACAACUUUCUGAUAAAGAUAGAACAAUUGAUAGUUUACAACGACUACGUACUGGUCAAACUUUGUGUGGACGUAAAGAAGGUGCAGAUAUCAAUGAUCCUUCUUCAAGAGCACUUGUUGAGGAAACUCAAGCAUUAUACCAGACACUCAGAGAUAUUUCUCAGUCCGUACUUAAUGAUGAAAUCGUGCCAUCUGAGGCCUUUGGUGGUGUUGAAAGUUGUUUCCAUCAGUCGAGAUCCCGUUCACCAUGCUAUGCUUCGAAUCCAAAGAUGAUAACCAAUAGUUUUCAUAACUCAAGGGCAGGAGCGUAUGGUCGCACCGGAUCACCACCACCACCAGUUAACAGUACAAGUGCUUGUUAUUGGGGUGAUUCAGCAUUAUCUGCUGUUCAGGCUGCACUUCGUAAACGUGGACUCCAAGUUUCUGAAUUAACGGCCAAGCUGAACAACACUAAAGAUCAGUGUGACUCGGUUAAACACCAGUUAGACGAUAGUGAAAAUGAAAGAAGAAACUUAGAACGUCAACUAAUGAAUAUGCGUGCAGAACUGGACAAUAUACGAAGAGAGAAAGAAGAUAUGGGAAGAGAAGUAAAACGAAUUACAGCAAAUGUUCAAACUCUGGAUAACGAAAGAGCCGAUCUCGAAAGAUUACAUACGAAUACAUCUGACGAACUAAAAAGCUUGCAGAGCGAACUCGAACGUGUUCAAAAUGCUUAUAAUGAGUUGCGUAAAAACAGAGACACAUUAGAAGGUGAAUUAAAUUGUGCUCAGCGUGAUGCUGAAAGAUGUUUAAGAGAGUCUGAACGUUGUCAACGUUGUAUUGAUACACUUGAGGAACGUUUAUCAGCUGAGCGCGAAGAAGGAACGAAUUUACGAAGCGCCCUUCAGAAAGCCAAAUUAGAAGCUGAGAUCAAAGCCAAAGAAUUAGCAGACAUUCAAGACGCUCUAUCAAGAGCUGAAACACGCAAGGCAGAACAGGAAGCUGAAAUAGUUCGACUACGAUCAGAUGAAGCGGCACUAGGUGAACAUUUGUCCAAGUGCCAGAGUAAAUUAGAAGAGGCCUCCAACAAGAGGUCAAUUCUGCAGAGCCAAUUAAGAAAUCAGGAAGCGGAAUACAAUCAGCUAGCAUCUGACUAUCGAAAUGCUGAUGCAGAUCGUUCUAGCCUGAAAGAAGAACUUAUUCAAAUGGAAUCACAAAAAAAUGAACUGAUUUACGAAAAGAAUAGCAUUUCUCAAUCUUUAACCAUGUCUGAAGCUGCUCGUGAAAGACUGGAAGAAGAAAUCACCAGUCUGAACAGAGAAAAGUUAGAAAUUACGGAGCAACUGAAUGCUGUUACAAGACAAAAAAAUGGUCUCACUAAUGAACUUAUCCAAAAGAAUAGAGAUUAUGAACGAAUUCGUGAUGUCAUCGGACGUCUGAAUAGAGAAAAAGAAGACUUGACAAAAGAGAAAGGUGAACUUUCGACACAAGUUACUGCACUUAGUAGAGAAUUAAAUCAAACUUGCGAUUUACUUGUAGCGAGUAAAAAAGAGCAUGAAAAUUUAGACGCUGACUACUAUCAAGCCAAGCAACAGAUAAUGCAAUUGGAAACUAAAAGAGAUUUAUUAGAAAAUGAGUUGCAAGAACAAAAUCUAAAACGAGAAAAUCUGUUGGUUGAACUGAAACGCACUCAGGCCGACCUUCAACAUGAAAUUGAACGUGGACUUCAGGCUCGUGAGCAAGCCUCACAGGCUUUACAGAAACGUGAAGAUGAAUUACAAGGGGCGAUGAAACUAUCAAAAGAGGCAGCUGAAGUCGAAAUAUCCAGAUUGAGAAAUCAAUUGACUGAAUGUAGACAAUUGUCUGAUAAGGAGCUAAGGGAUCUUACACUGAGUCAUAAAGAAGCUAUUAAAGACCUUAUAAAUCAGAGCGAACAAGAUAAACAAGAUUUCGAUAAUGAACUCAUGAAACUUCAAAGGGAAAAAGAUGAAAUAACUUUGGCAUAUGAAGCAGAGAAACAAAAUUUAUUAUCGUUCAAUGAACAAGAACGAGUUAACUUAAAUGAACGAUUAAAUCAUUCAUUACAACAAAUUAAAGGAUUAGAAUCAGAAAUAGAUAGAAUUAAACGCGAAGCUUCAGCUCGUCAUGAACGUGAUGAUAUGGCCAAAGCCGAUUUGACACGGGAACUGAAAGAAUUCCGUCAACACUAUGAAGAGACAUGUGCAUUACAUGAACAGGCAAUGAAGAGCGCUCAAGCAAAAUCUGCUCAGCUAGCCACUGAAAGAGAUCUAGCAAGAAAUGAAGUGAACGAAUUAAAAAUGCAAAUAAAUUUAAUUGAAGAAGUUCGAGAUGGAUUACAAAAAAAUAUCUCAGAAAUAUCUCGUCGUUUAAAAGAAACAGAUGAAGCUCGAGAAACACUACGUAAAGAAAUUAUUGACUUACGUAGAACUCUAGCUGAAACGCAGCGUGACCGCGACAAUCAGGAAGAAGCCAAAGAGAAUCUCGUGAAACGAGUUCAGUCUCUAGAAACUGAGCGUGUUGAACAAAAUAGAGUACUAACUGACCAACAACAACAAAUCUCUGCUUUUGAAGAACAAAAAUGUGCCGAUAGCAAGGAGAUUGGUGAGUUGCGCUCAAGUGUUCGCGAAAGUGAGAAAGGACGUCUUGAUGUUCGUCGUGAUCUGCAAGAAGUUAGACGUCAACUUAAGGAUAUGCAAUCAGAUCAUGAAAGGCAGACUAAGGAUUUAAUGGAAAUGCAGUCUAGAAUAACACGGGAGGAAGAAAAAAAUGAAGAAUUACGUCAAGAAAAUACCGUCCUGAAACAACGAAAUGGUGAAAUAGACGCUUCUCGUUCUAAACUACGGAAAGAGUUAUCCACUAGUGAAAGAAAAUUAUGUGAUCUGCAAGAGCUUUUAUCUAGUAGAGAACGAGAAUACAAACAAGCAGUAGAUCAUGCAAACUGCGAAUAUCGUCGUCUAACGGACACAAGAAAUCAAUUAGAAACGACCGCUGAGGCUCUGAGUAAUGACUUGGCGGAAGUAAGAUUGGCUUUAAGUGGAGCUGAGGGUCGCGUGAGUACUUUGGAGGCUCAGUUGGCAAAAAGUGAAUCGAUACGAAGAGAUUUUGCAUAUAAGCUGGCAUGUAUACAUAGUUCACUUCGUAGACUUAUUGGCUAUAAUCAAUGUCGCCAUCGAUCGAAAACUCCAUCAAGAGUCAGAGAUUCAACUUCCGUUUCACCUGUUCGUAAACUAAAAACAGGAACAAGUCCAAUAAAUAGUCGUGAUAACUCCCCUGUAAAAGAUGGUGUUAGUGAUUCCAAAUUGUCUAACGUAUCAAGAGUAUAUCCUAGUGAUGGAUCGUUCAAUGCAUCUGACCUAGAUCCUGAAGCAGUUCGUUUGGCUUUACGCGACUUUGUACAGAAAUAUUCCUCAGUAAAACGAGAUUAUGAAGAUGCACAAGCACAAAUCACAUCUCUUCAUUCUCGAUUAAACGAACAAGCUGAACAGACUGAACAGUGGGCUCGAAGACUUCACCAACUUCAGCAGGCUUUGUGUGAAGCUGAAGCAGAUAAGAAAGGAGUAGACGGAAGAUUAUCUACUACUCAAACUGCUCUUAUGCUUCAAGAAGAAACCUUACGACAAAAUGAACGUGACAGAAAAAUAAUGGCAGAUAAAAUAAGUCAACUAGAAAGACAGAUAUCUGCCAUAGAAAAUGAGAGACAUGAGGAUCAGGAAAAAAUAAUGCAUUUACGUCAAACUGGAGCACGCUUUGAAGAGGAGCGACGUCUCAGUCGAAGAGCUUUGGAUGAUGCUGAAAAUCACAUCACACAACUUGAAGUAACUAGACGAUCGUUAGAAGGUGAAUUGCAACGACUCAAGAUGUGCAUCAGUGAUAAGGAAGCUGAGAAUCAAAUGCUUGAGGACAGAUGUCAAAACCUUUGCAAACAAAUACAGGAUUUAGAAUCGAAAUCACAGUCAUUACAACUGACAGUUGAUCGUUUAAGUACAGCGUUAGCUAAAACAGAAGAGUUAGAAAGUGCAAGCAAAGAUAAAAUCCAACAACUUAAUUCAAGUCUUUCAGAUCAUAAUCAAACCAUAUUAGAAUUACAAGAACGUCUAGCGCAUUUACAAAAAGCUCUAACGAAUUCAGAACAUGAUAGACGAAUAAUACAAGAGCGAUUAGAUAAUACACGUAGUGUGUUGCAUGAACAAAAACAUCAAAACCAACAGUCAUGUGAAAGAAUACAAUCAUUACAAAGUGAGUUGGCUGAUGCUGAAUUGCGUCGAGGAGAGCUUGAAAAUCAAGUUCGUCAAACAAAUAAUACUUUGGAUAAACGUCAAGAAAAUGAACAAGAACUCAAUAAACAACUUCAAACGCUUUUAAAAGAAAGACAAGAACUAUUUGACAGGGUGUCCUGUUUACAGCGCAAUUUAACAGAUGUUGAAAAUAUGCGUGAUCACUUAAUGAGAUCAAGUACCCAUCUAGAAAAAGAUAGGCAUAAUCUUAAACGACAUUUAGAAAAAGCCGAAAGAGAAAAACAACAAAACGAAGAAAUUGUGAAUAAGAAUAAUCUUGAUCGUACGGAGUUAGAAAUAACAUUACGACGUCUGGAAGAAGAGAAUUCAAAUAGAAGAAAGCAGAUUCAGUUUUUACAGUCCAAAUUGGUUGAGAUGGAACAAGCUCAUGCUAAACACCUAAAUGAACUAGCAAGUCGACAUCGAGCAGAAAGUGAAUUGGAACUAGAAAGACUGCGCUGUGGCAAAGCUCAAGCUGAACGUGCACUUGAAGCACGCGAACGCGCCCACAAACAGCGUGUUAGGGCUUUGGAAGAUCAAGUUGUACAGUUAAAAGUUAAGCUAGCCUCACUUAAAGAUCAAUUGAUAGUAGAAGCAAAUAGACCACAGCAAUUAAUAAAUAAUCCAAAUAAAUUUCCAACAACUAUUCGCCCUGAAAUUCCAUUGAAUACAUCAUCUACUAACCGACGUUCAAUAGAACGCAAAUCUGGAGGACAAGGUGAUUUAUCAUUGAAAGCAUCAUUAUCAAGCGGUGAUAUACGUCGGCUAACAGAUAACGGAAAUACAGAAAUUCGCAAUACAGCAGGAUCAAAAUAUUUAACAAGUAGUCGACCAAAUAGACUUCCAAGACGAUAAUUAAUUUACCUGAUAAAAAAAAUAUCUGUCAUAGACUUUAUGAACAUAAUACAAUGUUAAAUUUUAAAACUAGGUAAACAAUGUUCAUCAGGGAUCGACUCAAUCAUAAAAUUAAAAAGGAAAAAAAAACAAAACAAAACAAGGAUUAUUUAUCUCAUUUUUUUGUCCUAAUGUGUAAACUUUCUUCGUCUCUUGAAGUAUAUCCUUUUUUGUGUAUUCAUAUUACUAGGUUUUCGUAUGUGUUUAUUUUAAGAAACAUGCAAAUUCACUUCUAAAUUACUUUAUACAAUAUUAUUUAGAUUUCCAAUUCUUUUUGAGAAGAAAAAAAUGAUUGAGAAAUUAUUAGUUAUUAAAAAUGCGGAACAGUAGUAUUCGUUUCUUUCAAAUUUGAUUUCAUGCAAACUUACAAUCCAAAACCAAAAAAUUAUAGAAUGAUAAAUUCAAGAAAUACUACAAAUGAUAAUCAGAUCACAAUCAUCAUUAAAUAUAAAUAUAUAAUUAUAUUGUUCAUAAGUACAAUAUGUAACAAAAUAAUUAUAAAGUAUACUAAUAAAUAUAUAUACA